AUGAGCUCAAGAACAUUCGACCCAGACCGAGACCCGCGGCGCCUUGUUGACAGUGGAGGGGGCGGUGACCAGCGGCCUGCGGAGGAAGAUCGGCCUGUGAACUCUCUGCUCGUGGUGCUGAGGCUGCUGCACCCCGCCGAGAUGGAGGAGGUGGACAAGAUACUCAUCCUCACCCUCAAUCAUCUGGGCUGUGACAUUGAUGAGGAUAUCAAGACGGUCGGCAGCUUUGGUAUUGCUGAGGUGGUGGGGGGCAUCGUGAGGUGUGUGCGGGCCAUCUCCAGUGACUGUGACCUCCCCACCUCACUGCCGCAGAACAUGGCCCAGCGCUUUAGGGCUGCUGCAGCUGUGGCUCAGGCUGUAAAGGGUGAAAAUGAGAGUGUGAAGCUAGAACUUCUCAUUAGUGAUAAAAAGGUUUCUGAGACCACCCAUGCCGUUCCUGGGACAGACUCCACGGUAUUACCUCCACAAAUAGCCAGACACAUGGAGGGUGUGCAGAGACACAAAGAAAAGAUAUUGGAGGAUAUAGGUGGGCUGAGAGACAAGAUGAAGGCAAUGGUGCAGGAGGCCUCUAGGAAGGAGUCUGCAGAGGCUCAGCUUAAAGAACAAGUGGAAAAAAUCACCAAAGAUGUCAACAGAUCAGUGUACACCAAAAGGAUAAUAGACAUCAGUGCUAAAGUUCGGAAGCAGAAACAGGAGAUCGACAGAGUGCUUGCUGACACCAGGACCAUACAGAAGGAGAUCAACAUCCUUUCAGGAAAGCUUGAAAGAACCUUCACAGUUGUUGAAGGAACAGCAUAUAAGGAGGCAGCAAACAACGAGCGUGUGCGGCAAGUGUACCGAGCCGUUGCAGCUGUGCAUGAGGGCUGUGGUGAGCUGGUAGACAUUGUACGGGAGACCGGGGCAACACAGAGGGAGAUAUCUGACCUCAGGGAACAGGUUGACCUAGAAAAAAGCAAAAAUGUUGAAGAAAAGCUGGAGCAGCUGAAAGUGGAUUUGAAUCAAGUGAAAAAGGAAAAUGCAAGUUUAAAGAAGCAAAUCAGAUGA